AUGUUAUGUCUUAUACAGGGCAGACUAUGUAUUAUACAGGGCAGGUUAUGUCUUAUACAGGGCAGACUAUGUAUUAUACAGGACAGGUUAUGUCUUAUACAGGGCAGACUAUGUAUUAUACAGGGCAUGUUAUAUCUUAUACAGGGCAGACUAUGUAUUAUACAGGGCAUGUUAUGUCUUAUACAGGGCAGACUAUGUAUUAUACAGGGCAUGUUAUGUCUUAUACAGGGCAGACUAUGUAUUAUACAGGGCAUGUUAUGUCUUAUACAGGGCAGACUAUAUAUUAUACAGGGCAGACUAUGUAUUAUACAGGGCAGACUAUGUAUUAUACAGGGCAUGUUAUGUCUUAUACAGGGCAGACUAUGUAUUAUACAGAGCAGGUUAUGUCUUAUACAGGGCAGACUAUGUAUUAUACAGGGCAUGUUAUGUCUUAUACAGGGCAGACUAUGUAUUAUACAGGGCAUGUUAUGUCUUAUACAGGGCAGACUAUGUAUUAUACAGGGCAUGUUAUGUCUUAUACAGGGCAGACUAUGUAUUAUACAGGGCAUGUUAUGUCUUAUACAGGGCAGACUAUGUAUUAUACAGGGCAUGUUAUGUCUUAUACAGGGCAGACUAUGUAUUAUACAGGGCAUGUUAUGUCUUAUACAGGGCAGACUAUGUAUUAUACAGGGCAGGUUAUGUCUUAUACAGGGCAGACUAUGUAUUAUACAGGGCAGGUUGUGUCUUAAAUACAUCAUGUUAUGUCUUACACAGGGCAUGCUAUGA